GCUGGAGCAGCUAUGGCAGCGACACUCACUUGGAUUCUUCUCUUUGUGGGUCUUCUGGCAGGGCUGAGGGACACCAAGGCCCAGCAGACCACCUUAUACCCACUUGUGGGUCGUGUUUUUGUGCAUCCCUUGGAACACGCCACCUUCCUGCGCCUCCCAGAACACAUUGCGGUGCCACCUACUGUCCGACUCACCUAUCAGGCCCACCUCCAGGGACAUCCAGACCUGCCCCGGUGGCUGCGCUACACACAGCGCAGUCCCUAUAGCCCUGGCUUCCUCUAUGGUACUCCCACUCCAGAAGAUCGUGGGCGCCAGGUCAUUGAGGUCACAGCCUACAAUCGAGACAGCUUUGACACCACAAGACAGCGACUGCUGCUGUUGAUUGAGGACCCCGAAGGUCCCCGGUUGCCAUACCAAGCCGAGUUCCUGGUGCGCAGCCAUGAUGUAGAGGAGGUACUGCCCUCCACACCUGCCAACCGCUUCCUCACCGCCUUGGGGGGACUCUGGGAGCUAGGGGAACUCCAGUUGCUCAACAUCACAUCUGCCUUGGACCGUGGAGGUCGUGUCCCUCUUCCCAUAGAGGGCCGGAAGGAAGGGGUAUACAUCAAGGUGGGCUCUGCCACACCCUUCUCUACCUGCCUGAAGAUGGUGGCAUCACCAGACAGCUAUGCCCGUUGUGCCCAGGGACAGCCUCCAUUACUGUCCUGCUAUGACAGCUUGGCACCCCACUUCCGUGUUGACUGGUGCAAUGUAUCUCUGGUGGACAAGUCAGUGCCAGAGCCCUUGGAUGAGGUGCCUACUCCAGGUGAUGGGAUCCUGGAGCAUGACCCAUUCUUCUGCCCACCCACGGAGGCCACAGGCCGAGACUUCCUGGCAGAUGCCUUGGUCACCCUCUUGGUGCCCCUGCUGGUGGCUCUACUGCUCACCCUGCUGCUGGCUUACAUCAUGUGCUGCCGGCGUGAAGGACAACUGAAGAGAGACAUGGCCACCUCUGACAUCCAGAUGGUUCACCAUUGUACCAUCCAUGGGAAUACAGAAGAGCUUCGGCAGAUGGCAGCCAGGCGCGAGGUGCCCCGGCCUCUCUCCACCUUGCCCAUGUUCAACGUGCGCACGGGAGAGCGGUUGCCUCCUCGAGUGGACAGCGCACAGGUGCCCCUCAUCCUGGACCAGCACUGAGAGCUCUGCCAGUUCCAGCUGCACCACUCAGAGUUGCGGCCCGUGACCACACCCACCGCUGAGACCAGCUCCCGGUCUUCUUCACCUCCGGCACCAGACAGGCGGAUGGAUGGGGUAGGGAGGCCUGAGGGGUCAGCACCAAGAAUAAAUACCUGCUGCUCUGUUC